AUGGAGAACAUCCUGGCUGGUUUGUGUGGGACCAGCCCAGAAGAUCCACUCCCUGUGUGGGUUCAUGGCAGUGUUGGCCAUUGCUUUAACCAGCUGACAUUAAAUGUGAUUCCUCAUGCGAUCCUUGCAGUGGUCAGUGCCUGCUUCCUUGGCACUCCAAGAUCUGGCUCCGGAGCGCCUUGCAGGCCAGGCUGGGCAUGCAGGAUCGCCGCCUCCUUCAUACUUGCUGGCCUAUUUCUUGCCGAUACCAUCCCAGCCACCAUUUCUCAGCAGGAUCUAGGCCCUGUGUACCUGGAAGCUCUGGCAAAUGGCACUGCUGCCCUGACGUGGCUCACGCAUGGCCUCACUCUUCUCAUGCUCUUCAGGUCCGUUCAGGGCUCUACCAGAGGCCCUGCGACCCUGGCUCUCCUCACUCUCUUACCGCUACCUUCCUUCAUCAUCACGCUGGUGUGGUACUGCCAAAGUGGGACGGCUUGGUCUCCUGCCCACCCUGCUGCCUCCUCCAGGUUUGCCAUUCUCUGCCUGCAGCUGGCCUCUCUGUUUGUGUAUGUGAUCAGCUACGUCUUACCCACCACUGACAGGCAAGACUUCCUUUCCAUCAAUCACUCCUGGCAAGAAGACCGGCUCAUCUCAGAGCCGGGGAUCCCAGUGCUUGAUCAGCAGGGAGUGGCAGAAGAUGGUGAGAACUGGCUCUCACGCUUCUUUUAUGUUUGGAUGAACCCUCUUAUGAAACGUGGCUAUCAGUGGAAGCUGAACCAGCCGCAGGAUGUCUAUGUGCUUCCUCGCAAGCUCCAGGCUGCCAGGGUCUGUGAUCAGUUCUAUGCUUGCUGGAAGAAGAAGGCAGCUCUGCACCAAGUAGAGGAGGAGACAGUGUCUCUUACCAGCCCAAUCGUUGCUGGAGGCGAUAGGAGUAGCAAUGCCCCAGACAGCUCACAUCAUGCCCAGGAGGCCGUGCAACUCUUCUCAGUCCUUCAUGUGGCCUUUGGGCUUCGUUUUUACUCUCUUGGACUUCUCAAGCUGGCCGGCAACCUGCUGGGUUUCUCAGGUCCUCUGCUUCUAAACCUGCUGGUGAACUUCAUGGAGUCACAGCAGGAGCCCCUGAGCCACGGGGUGCUCUAUGCCCUCGGACUCUUUGCUGGCUCCUUCCUGGGUGCUCUCUUGCGGAACCAGUUCAGCUAUGAGGUGAACAAGGUGACGCUAAUGGUUCGGGCCGCCAUCAUCUCUGCCAUCUACCGCAAGGCCCUGCGUGUUGGCAGCACCAGCCUUACCCGCUUCACUGUGGGCGAAAUUGUCAACUUCAUGAGCACGGACACCAAUAGGUUGGUCAACUUCUGCCUCAGCUUCCAUGAGGUGUGGAGCCUGCCUUUCCAGUUUGCUAUUACCCUCUACCUCCUCUACCAGCAAGUGGGGGUAGCCUUUCUGGGAGGCUUGGCCCUGGCGCUGCUGCUCGUGCCCAUCAACAAGGUCAUAGCUAACCGCAUCAUGAUGAACAACAAGGAGAUGCUGAAACACAAAGACACACGAGUCAAGCUGAUGACAGAGUUCCUAUGUGGCAUUCGCGUGAUCAAGUUUUACGCCUGGGAGAAGCACUUCAGCACCAGGAUAAAUGCCUGCCGGGAUAAAGAGUUGCAGAAGUUACGAGCCAUCAAGUACUUGGAUGCUGUGUGUGUGUAUCUGUGGGCAGCACUGCCUGUUGUUGUCUCCAUUACCAUCUUCAUCACCUAUGUACUGUUGGGUCAUCAGCUCACUGCCACAAAGGUAUUCACAGCACUGGCCCUUGUCGGGAUGCUUAUUCUCCCCCUCAACAGUUUCCCAUGGGUGUUGAAUGGGACCUUGGAAGCCAAGGUUUCCCUGGAUCGAAUCCAACGUUUCCUUGAACUCAUGGACCAGGACCUGGAAGCUUAUUAUGCCCUAGACAGCCCUUCAGGUACUGCUACUGCUGUGGAGAUGCAAUGUGCAGCCUUCUCAUGGGCGCCAGUUGAGGAGGAAAGCACCAGGCAGCCUUUAUCCACAGGCACUCUGCAACUGCACAUUGAGAACCUGUCAGUGAGAAAGGGGAUGCUUCUGGGGGUUGUUGGGAAGGUCGGCUGUGGCAAAAGCUCUCUGCUUGCAGCCAUCACUGGAGAGCUCAUUAAACAAGGUGGACAAGUGUAUGUUUGUGACCUGGAGCGAGGAUUUGGUCUGGCCACACAGGAGCCUUGGAUACAGUUUACCACCGUCCGUGAGAACAUCCUUUUUGGGCGGGAAUAUGAUGCCAGGCUGUACGAGGAGGUGGUGGAGGCUUGUGCCCUCUCUGAGGACCUGAAUAUUUUACCAGCAGGUGACCAGACAGAGGUGGGUGAAAAUGGUGUGACACUCAGUGGGGGACAGAAGGCUCGAAUAGCCCUUGCCAGAGCCAUUUACCAGGAGAAAGAGCUUUACCUCCUUGAUGAUCCCCUGGCUGCUGUUGAUGCAGAUGUAGCCAACCAUCUUAUGCGGAAAUGCAUUCUCGGAGUUCUCAAACACAAGACCAGGAUCCUUUGCACCCACAGGACGGAGUUUUUGGAGAAGGCUGAUGCCUUGUUGUUGAUAGACAAUGGCAGGAUAGUUAAGACAGGCACACCGGCUGAUAUCCUGCCACUCGUGGAAGCCUUCCCAAAGUGCAAGGAUAUGGACAAGAGGCGGAAGGAUAAAGCCCCUGAUGAACAGGGCCAAGAAGAGGCCGUAGAGACAGAGGCAGAAGAAUCAACCCAAAACAAUCAUCUCAUCCACAAGGAGGAAGAGAAGAAAGAAGGGGCAGUGGCUUUUCAGGUGUACAAGGCAUAUUGGCUGGCAGUGGGCAGCUGCUUGGCAUUAUCCAUCCUCUUCUCACUGCUCCUGAUGCAAGCAUCCAGAAAUAUCUCAGAUUGGUGGCUGUCACACUGGAUCUCCAGCAUAUCCCAGACAGCAAAUAGCUCUGUGAUGGUCUGCUCAGCUUCCCCACCUUCCCCAGAGCUGCUUCUCUUCUCCAUUGUUGGGCUUGUCUCCCCCAUUCAGGCUCUGGACACCACCCCAGUUCCUUCCAAUAGUUCACUGGAUGUGAAUUUCUACCUGAUAGUUUAUGGGAGCAUCGCAGGGGCCAACUCCCUCUUCACGAUUCUUCGGGCCUUCCUCUUUGCUUACGGCACUAUCCGUGCUGCCACUGUCAUUCACAACCAACUGCUCCAGAGGGCUCUGAAGGCCACAGUCACCUUCUUUGACACCACACCAACAGGUCGGAUCCUGAACCGCCGCUUCUCCUCAGACCUGUACUGCGUGGAUGACAGCCUGCCAUUUAUCCUCAACAUCUUCCUGGCCAACAUGUAUGGGCUACUGGGCAUGCUGGUGAUAAUCACCUAUGGCCUCCCUUGGAUUGGUCUUGUGUUACUCCCUCUGGGCACCCUCUACUUCUCCAUCCAGCGCUAUUACAGGCGCACGUCCCGGGAGCUCAAGCGCCUUUACAGUGUCACUCUGUCUCCCAUUUACACUCACUUCUCAGAGACCCUCUCAGGACUGAGCAGCAUCAGAGCCAUGCGGGCAACACAGAGGUUUGAGUUGGAGAAUCAGCUGCGCCUGGAGCAGAACCAGCGCUGCCUCUUUGCCAGCAACACAGCGAUGCAGUGGCUGGACAUCCGCUUGCAGAUGAUUGGGGUUGCUGUGGUUACCGCUAUUGCAGGAAUUGCCAUCAUCCAGCACCAGAAGCAACUGGGAAAUCCAGGACUUGUGGGCUUAGCGCUCUCAUAUGCCCUGUCUGUCACAAACCUGCUCUCAGGCCUCAUAUCCAGCUUCACUCUGACAGAGACCAUGAUGGUGAGUGUGGAGCGGACAGAGGAAUACACCACAGACAUCCCCACAGAGCCCCAGGAUAAACUGGUCCAGGUUGCUGCUGACUGGCCAAGCCAGGGCCUUGUGGAGUUCCAGCAAGUGGUCCUGGCCUACCGAGCAGGCCUGCCUAAUGCACUCGAUGGUGUGAACUUCACCGUUUAUCCUGGAGAGAAGGUGGGGAUUGUGGGUCGCACAGGAUCUGGAAAAUCCACCCUUUUCUUGGCCCUUUUCCGCAUGCUGGAGCUGAAAUCAGGCCGUAUUCUCCUGGAUGGUGUUGACAGCCAGCUGGUGGGCUUGGAGGAGCUGAGAUCUAGGUUGGCUAUCAUCCCCCAGGAUCCGUUUUUGUUCAGUGGCUCAAUCCGAGAGAACCUGGACCCCCAGGGAAAACGAACAGAUGCUGAGCUCCACGAGGUGUUAGAGCAGUGCCACCUGCGGGAUGCCAUUACUCAGAUGGGUGGAUUGGACAGCGAGCUGGGAGAGGGACAGAGACAGCUGGUGUGUCUGGCGAGAGCUCUCCUGACGCAGGCCAAGGUGCUCUGCAUCGAUGAGGCCACAGCAAGCGUUGAUCAGAAGACAGACCAGCUGCUGCAGCAGACAAUCCGCCAGCGCUUCGCUGACAAAACUGUUUUGACGAUUGCUCACAGGCUGAACACCAUCUUGGACUCAGACCGUGUGCUGGUGAUGCAAGCUGGGAAAGUGGCAGAGCUGGAUUCACCUGCCCGCCUAAGCCAGAAAGAUGGCUCCUUGUUCCAGCGCCUCCUGCACAGUGAGCAGCAGUGACCUCCCUCCUGGGCUGGGCCCAGGCAGCCCUCCUGGCUCUGUGGCUGGCUUUCUUUUCCCCUCAGCUGCCAGCACUGUCCCUGCAGGGCCAGGAGUUGCUGAGGUGAGGGAAGGGGUUAUUCCUGCCUGCAGGCAGCAAUUGUGUGUCCUCAGGGACAGGAGCAUGGCACUGCAGCCCUGCCUUCAGUAGGGGAGAUGGGACCUGGUAUUUAGGGCCAUGCAAGCCUGGCUGGUGGGAUACUGCUCCC